CCCAGGGCCCAGGAGGAGUGCGCUCCCCGGCCGGUGGGAGGGUUUCUUGGCCGAUCCGCCCCGACAGCCCCGCCGCCUUAUAAGGAGACCCGGCGGCCGGGCAGCGGGCCGUGGCCAUGGCCGAGGCGCUGGAGCCAGGCAGCGGGCCGGCCCGAGUGCAGGUGUCGGCCGACCGGCUGCUCUGCCCCAUCUGCCUGGAGGUGUUCCGGCAGCCGGCCACCCUGCCCUGCGGCCACAGCUUCUGCCUGGCCUGCGUGCAGCGGCUGUGGGAGCAGCAGGCGGCCGGCGGGGACUGCAGCUGCCCCCAGUGCCGCCAGACCUUCAGGCCGAGGCCCGAGCUGCGGCCUAACCCGGUGCUGGGCGGCAUCGCCGAGGAGCUGGCGGCCGGGGCCGGGGAGCCGGAGCCCGGGGCCGGGGCGGGCCUGACGCCCUGCGACGUGUGCCCGGCCGCCCGCCGGCCCGCCGCCCGCUCCUGCCUCCUCUGCCUCGCCUCCUACUGCGAGCGGCACCUGCGGCCGCACCGGAGCGCCGCCGCCUUCCGCGACCACCCGCUGGCGCCGCCCGCCGCCGACGUGGGCCGCCGCAAGUGCGCGCCGCACCGCAAGCACCUGGAGCUCUUCUGCCGCACCGACCGGGCCUUCAUCUGCGGCCUGUGCCUGGCCGCCGAGCACCGGGAGCACCAGGUGGUCCCGCUGGACCAGGAGGCCGACAGCCGGAGGAAAGAACUUCAGAAGGUCGACUUUGAAAUGGGAAAGCAGUUGCAGGAGACCUUGCUUGAGAUCGGAUCACUUCAGCAAAACAUGGAUUCCAUUGUGAGGACCUCUCAGAAGGUGGAAUUGGAAAUCACCAACCAUUUUUAUGCAAUGACGGAAUCCAUUGAGGAGGCCCUGAGAGUGGUGACUGAGAUAAUUGGAAGGGAGCAGCAGGCAGCCCUGACCCAGGCCAAAGCUAUCAGGGCCCAACUAGAACAGAAGUGUACGGAGCUCCGAGAGAAGAAACUCCAGCUGGAGAUCUUGGCCAACAAGAGUGAUAACUUCAAAUUAGUGCAGGAGUCCCUCUGCUUCAGCACGGAGUCACAGGUCCCUGACGUCCCACAGUUCAAGUCCGACUUCCAUUCUAAGCUGGUGCGUGCCAGCAAGGCUGCUGCGGAGCUCUCCUCGCAGGUGAAGGAGUGCCUGCGGCGAGCGAUGAAGCGCAGGUUGAAGAGCACAGAGAGGAGAGGGUGCGAGAAAAGUACUGAAACAUCAGAUGCAUCUCCCCACACCUCUCUACUUCCCCCAGAACCCAAGAUUCGGAAGAACUUUGAAGAGUCACUCCCAUCACAAAGCAAUGCUGCUGCUUCUCCAAGGCGCACCCACCAGGUCCUCUCCUUCAGACGCUGCAGAUGCCACAAAGCUGACUUCUGAUCGAGGAGGGAUGAGAAAGUGGGGCUCGUCUAUCUAAAGUCCUGGCACUAUCCAGAGCAGCUGUAGAGGUGUGACCAUUCUUGGUGGACCAGGUGUCUGGAUAGUUUUACUGGCGGGAAUAUGACUGGGCUGGUGUGGGAGUUGUGCAAAGGACUGGGUAUACACCUGUUAACUAUAGAGGAAUGAUAUGUCCUGGUAUUUGAAGCUCACCAGUACCCCAACACCCAGUCACAGUGGCCUUGUCAAUGGAUUGCAUCAUGGCCUUCUGUAAUAACUGGACAACCUGGCCAAGUAUUCAACUUGAUUGGGGUUUACCUGGAAUUUCCAGCUGGUAUCUAUUUGUUUUCUAGUGUUAAAGCCCACACCAUCCAAAGCAAAGGAGCCAUCUUGAUCAGUACCCCACCCAUCACUCUAAACAUUCACUCCCUCUACCACCAGAGUUGUUAUCUGCCACCUCCCGAAUACAAAGCAGCAGCUCCCUUAGAUUACUUUGACAACACCUCCCAAACCCUUGUCCUCUAAAACCUUGAAAGCAUACAGGAAUACCACUACUUCCAAGUUGCACCCCAUCCUGACUUGGAAAUGUUAUGACCUUUCCUUGGCCAUUUGGUCACUUGGAGUCAUUUCACCAAUUUUCCAGGCUGCCCGCUUGGCAGAAUCGUCUCGCUAUUCUGGGAAUUAUUGGGAUUACCCAUCCAUUCAUUCUGUGGGAAAUGGAAGGGGGAGAUGCUUAUGACUCCUGAAUUCACAACCAUCCCUAAUGUGUUACACUGAACUGUCUUCUCAAUACAGUAUUGCAUAUUUCACACUCCUCCCACUGCUCUGCCACAUAUAUGAUUUAAUACUUGCUUCCAGCUCCUUGGGUGUUUUCAGUGGGCGAGAACGGUCUGCUCUUGCAUUAAAUGCACUUGGAGGCAUUUCUCUAAAAUAACCUAUGCACUUUGUUUCAAUUAUACAUGAAACGUGUUUUCUUUAUAUUGGAGCAGAUAACUAUAUAAUCAAUAAAGUUUAUAUAUACAAUCA